AUGACACUGCCUUGCCGUGCGCAGGUAGCAUAUGAAGCUGUCAUCGGUAUAGAAUGCCACGUCCAGCUCAACACAAACACCAAGGCUUUCUGCAAAUGCACCACAACAAAGGCCGCUGCCAACGCAAACGUCUGCCCGAUCUGCCUAGCUCACCCGGGAACCUUGCCUGUCCUAAAUGAGGGUGUCCUUCGCAAGGCUGUCAUAGCUGGGCUGGCCCUGAAGUGCAACAUUGCCAGGCAGAGCAAAUUUGACAGGAAGCAGUACUUCUAUCCAGAUCUCCCAAAGGGCUACCAGAUAUCCCAGUACGAUGAGCCCAUCUGCUACGGCGGGCAGAUCGAAACACUGUUGCCUGAUGGCAGCACCAGGACUGUGGGCAUCACACGAGCGCACAUAGAAGAGGAUGCAGGCAAGCUUGUGCACAGCGGUUCAGACCAGCUGUCUGGCUCGGACUACUCCCUCGUGGAUUACAAUCGAGCAGGAGUGCCGCUGCUCGAGGUGGUUUCCGAGCCGGACAUGAGGAACGGUGCAGAGGCGGCCGCUUAUGCCAGUGAGCUGCGGCGCAUCAUGCUGUUCAUGGGCCUCACAGACGGCGUCAUGGCAGAGGGCCACAUGCGUUUCGAUGUCAACGUCUCGGUGCGCGAGGAAGGGGCCCGGGCGCUAGGGACAAAGGUGGAGGUCAAAAACAUGAAUUCUUUUUCGGCGAUGCAGCGCGCAAUAGAUUUUGAGAUUGAGAGACAGCAGGUCAGUUUGCACAAGUCUGGGAGGAGAGAUGAGAUUGUCCAGGAGACUCGUCUGUUUGAUGAGUCCAAGUUGCAAACAUUCAGCAUGCGUGUGAAAGAAGGUUUGGCGGAUUACCGAUACUUUCCCGAGCCUGACCUGCCCCCUCUGCACGUCUCAGACGCCCUGAUUGACGAAGAGAAGGAGAACAUGCCGGAGGUGCCCAGGGCAGUGAGGGGACGGUAUGUGGAUCUGAAUUUGCCAGCAGCAGAUGUUGUGAUUCUUGCAGACGAGAAGCCCAUCUCAGGCUACUUUGAUGCUGUGGUGGCUGCUGGAGCCUCCCCAAAGCUUGCAGCAAACUGGGUCCUGGGCGACUUGAUGGCAUUUACCAAGGAGAGCAAGUGCAGCUUUGAUGACUUGCUGCUGACACCUGCAACCCUAGCAGAGCUGGUCAACGCGAUUGAGGAAGGCGUGAUAUCAGGCAAGAUUGGGAAACAAGUGCUGCCAAAGCUGCUCAAGGAUGGGGUGAAGGCAUUCUUGAAGGAGCAGGGCCUCAUCCAGAUAUCAGACCCUGCAGCAAUCGAGUCCAUAGUGGACAGUGUACUGGCUGCAAACCCGAAGCAGCUGCAGGACUACUGCGCAGGGAAGAAGAAGUUGCAAGGCUUCUUUGUUGGGCAAGUCAUGAAGGCGUUCAAGGGGCUUGCCAACCCGGAGAUGCUGAAUCAAUUGCUCAUGAAGAAGCUGAUGGAGGCUGAAAAUGCUGCACAGCCUGUCGAGAAGUGA